AUGAAGUAUCUCCUGUGCCUGUGUUUACUCCUUGCUGUUCUUUGUGCCAUAACCCAUUGCCGCCAUGAAGACAUUUGCCAUGAAGUCAGUAAUACUAAUCUGCGUGAUGGAGCAGAAAAUUUAUUAACACAUAACUGUAGCAAGCAAGGUUCUAACUAUGCAGAUUUUGUAUUUAGAUUUUACAAGCAGGCUAUAUCAAAAGAAGCUGAUAAAAAUGUUUUCUUUUCUCCUGUGAGCAUCUCCACUGCCUUUGCCAUGCUGGCUAUUGGUGCUAAGUCAACCACCCUGUCUCAGAUUUUUGAAGGACUGGGCUUUGACGAUCUGACUGAGAUUCACAUGCAUGAUAUACACGAAAGUUUUCAUAAAGUUUUAGCAGUACUGAACUGUACUGAUGUUAACAUCACAUUAAAUAUAGGGAAUGCCCUUUUUACAGCUAUUGGGUAUAAACCACAGGAGACAUUUUUAGAAAAUACCAGACAAUUUUAUGAUGCAGAAUUUUUUUCUAGCAAUUUCAAUAAACCAGAAGAAGCUAAGAAGCAAAUCAAUAAAUAUGUAGAGGACAAAACCAAGGGGAAAAUUCCUGAAUUAAUUGGACAUCUUGAUGCAAGUACUGUAUUGGUUCUUGUUAACUACGUUUAUUUUAAAGCUGCCUGGGAAAAGCCUUUUGAUCCUUUGCAUACAUAUGAGGAUGAUUUUUUUGUGAACACAAAUGUAUCUGUUAGAGUCAACAUGAUGCAGCGUGACAGUAACUAUGACAGUUACUACGACCAGGAUCUCUCUUGCGAGGUGGUAGAGCUGCCUUACCAGGGCACUGCACGAGCAUUGCUCAUUCUGCCUGAUGAUGGAAAGAUGAAGCAAGUGGAAGAUGCUCUCUCCAAGGAAAUGGUUUGUAAAUGGCAUAACAGACUUGUGACCAGGAGAUUAGACCUGCGGUUACCAAAGAUUUCUAUUAGUGGAUCUUAUGAUGUUAAAAACCUGUUCCAGGAAAUGGGCAUUACUGAAGUAUUCUCUAGUAAUGCUGAUCUGUCUGGAAUUAGUGGCAGCCAUAAUCUUUGGGUUUCACAAGCAAUUCACAAGGCCCUGCUGGAAGUUGAUGAGGCUGGAACUGAGGCCGCAGGAGCCACCGCCAUAAUUGUUACCAGAGUUCUGCAUCCUUCUGUUACCAUCAAAUUCAACAGGCCCUUCCUUAUCUUGAUUUCUGACAAAGAAACCAGCACCACACUUUUCAUGGGGAAAAUUGUCAAUCCUACUAAGAAGUAA